AUGGAAACAAUUAAACCUGACUCUGAUCAAUUACACAAUUCAUUCAUUUACGAAGAAGACCAUAUUGACAACAAAGCUGAUGUUGCGGCCUUCAUUCCUGAAUUAAUUUGUGGAGUUUGUAAUUACAUUCUAAAAAAUCCACUUGAAUGCAAGGUUUGUGAAAAGCCCAUUUGUUCUGACUGUAAAAUACAAUGGUUUGCCAAAAACCCUAAUCAUUGCCCAUUUUGCAGAAGCAAUAGUUAAUUUGAUAAAGUCAACAGAAUUACUAGAAAUUUAUUGGGUAAAAUAAGAUUCACCUGUAUGUACAGAGAUAAAGGAUGCAAAGAGGUGCAUAGCUAUCAGGACAUAUUCAAGCACUAGGAGUCAUGUCCAACUAUCAUAUUUAAAUGUGAGAGUUGCAAUUAUGUUGGCCAUACAGACAAUAAGCAGAAUCACAACUGCAUAACCUAUUUAAGCUAGCAACUAAAAAAUGUCAAUCAAGAAAAUCAAAAGCUUAAAACAAUGUUCUAAUCGACAAAAGAUAAAACCAAUAUUUUCGGAACAAAGUUGUUUUACUUUGCCAAGCUCAACUAGCAUGCAUUUUAUGACUUUGAAACCCUUAAAUGGUCUAGUUUCAAAGUUUUUGACAGAAAAAUAAGCGAGGGAAAAAUUGUAGUACUUAACAAAUAAUUCAUCCUGAUAGUUGGUGGAUACGAAUCAGAGACAUUCGAUUGGAGUUCUGAUGUUCCUAGUUCAUAAAUCAUUAAAUUCAGCAUUCCAUUCAGGAAAUUCAAAACGAUAGGUGAAAUGAUGAAUAAUAGAAUAUACUUCGGUAUAGCACAGGAAGAAGACGAGAUCUAUAUAAUCGGAGGAUCAUUAAAGGGUUCAGAUUUGAAGUAGUGCGAAACUUUUAACACAACAACAAAGCAACAAUAAGCUUUACCUUAGUUAAGCUAGGCAGUUCGAGGUCCCAAUUGCUGCACAUUUUCCAAGAGGUAUGUAUAUACUGUAGGUUUUGAAACAUAAGGCAAUAGAACAUCAAUUUAAUAGCUAGAUUAAUAAAGAGGCAGCUGGUAAAUCAUUCAUAUUAUGGCUGAAAAGAAAAUAUGGUUAGUAGGUCUGCAUAUGCUAAAUGCUGAGACAAUGAUUAUGUUUGGAGGUCAAGCAAUCCAUGAUAACAAUCUUAAGUUCAAUCAAAUAAUCAAAUACAAAGUCUCAAAUAACAAGAUCAUUCCUAUGGAAUAAUAACUGAUGAAGGCUGAUAAAUUCUUCUUUAAUAAUCAAAAUAUAUACGACAAGGAAUCCAAUUCUUUAUACUCAAUGGGUAGAGAUUAUAUUCAUAAAAUCUCACUUGACAAGAUGAGUUGCUUCAUCCCUGACGUUGGAUAUGUCGAAUAUUAUUCUCAAUGA